AUGGAGUUUGAAGUACGCGAUAUUCUUCAUGGCUAUUUCAUGGUGCAUUUCAACCUCUUGGAAUAUAUGGAGAAGGCUAUGGUCGAUGCUCCAUGGAUGAUUUAUGAUCAUUACUUGGCUGUCAAGCCAUGGACGCCGGACUUCGUAGCGGCAAACUCAGAGAUUAGCAUGCUAGUGGUAUGGAUACGUAUUCCUGGCCUUGGGUUUCAAUUUUAUGAUGAGAGUAUUCUUAUGACACUAGCGUCGAUAGUUGGAACUCCGAUUAGAGGGGAUAUGAACACAACCGAUAUGCAAAGGGGUCGGUAUGCUCGGGUCUGCGUGGAGAUUGAUUUGAAUAAACCUGUGUUGGGUAAUGUCGAAUUACAGGGAACUUGGUACAACGUCGAGUAUGAAGGAUUGCAUAUUUUAAGCUCUAAGUGUGAAUGCCAUGACCACCUUGCGAGAAACUGCACUGGGACACUGGUAACACAGCAAAGGGAACCACAACAGAUGGUACAACAGGUAACUCUGGCUACAACAGCAGGUUAA